CAGCAGCAGCAGCAGCAGCAGCAGCAGCAGCAGCAGCAGCAGCAGCAGCAGCAGCAGCAGCAGCAGCAGCAGCAGCAGCAGCAGCAGCAGCAGCAGCAGCAGCAGCAGCAGCAGCAGCAGCAGCAGCAGCAGCAGCAGCAGCAGCAGCAGCAGCAGCAGCAGCAGCAGCAGCAGCAGCAGCAGCAGCAGCAGCAGCAGCAGCAGCAGCAGCAGCAGCAGCAGCAGCAGCAGCAGCAGCAGCAGCAGCAGCAGCAGCAGCAGCAGCAGCAGCAGCAGCAGCAGCAGCAGCAGCAGCAGCAGCAGCAGCAGCAGCAGCAGCAGCAGCAGCAGCAGCAGCAGCAGCAGCAGCAGCAGCAGUCGAAUAGUCGAAGGAUAAGGAAUAGUCGAAGGAACAGUCGAAGGAAUAGUCGAAGGAUAAGGCCAAAGAAAGCUUAG